CGAACGCGCUUAGCACGCCGGAAGUGACGUCGACUCUGCGUGCCCGUUGUUAUAACGGCUAGGUGGCCGUUCGGCAAGCGUUCAAAGCUACCGAGGGUCCGUGAGUUUAUUGAUAUUUACUGAACGUUAGCCAUGCCGCGAGUGUACAUCGGCAGGCUGAGCUAUCAUGUGCGAGAGAAGGACAUACAGCGGUUUUUCAGCGGCUACGGGAAGCUUUUAGAGAUCGAUCUGAAGAACGGGUAUGGGUUCGUGGAGUUUGAGGACACCCGUGACGCAGACGAUGCCGUGUACGAGCUGAACGGUAAAGAUCUGUACCGUGAACCACUCAACAUGAACCACGCGAGACCACCACGGAUACACCGAGAUUUAUACGGUCGGCGUCAUGCUAGUGGUUAUAGCAGCAGGAGCCGGACCGGACGAGAGAAAUAUGGACCUCCGGUUCGCACGGAGUACCGACUGAUAGUGGAGAACCUGUCCAGUCGCUGCAGCUGGCAGGAUCUCAAGGACUUCAUGCGUCAAGCUGGAGAGGUGACCUAUGCUGACGCCCACAAAGAACGGACCAAUGAGGGGGUCAUCGAGUUUCGCUCCUACUCUGAUAUGAAGAGAGCUGUGGACAAGUUGGAUGGCACUGAUAUCAACGGAAGAAAAAUCCGUCUUGUGGAGGACAAACCGAGACGACGUCGCUCCUACUCUAGGAGCAGGUCCAGGUCUCGCAGCAGACGCCGUUCUCACAGCAAGAGUCGCAGGAGUUCACAAAGUCGUUCGAGGUCCAGAUCUCGCUCAAGGUCCCGCAGCAAGCACCGCUCUCGUUCCAGGUCUGGUCGCAAGUCCCGCUCCAGGUCUAGGAGAAAGUCUCACUCCAAGUCCCCUACAAAGUCCCGCUCCAGGAAGUCAAAGUCUCGUUCCCGCUCGCGUACGCACAAGUCACGCAGUCGCUCCACCAGCCACAAAUCCCGCUCUCGCUCUGAUGCCCGCAAAUCUCGCUCCAAGAGCCGCUCCAGAGCGAAGUCAGAGAGAGAUUCCAGGAGCCGCUCCAAGGAGAAGUCGGUCAGUAGGAAGUCCCGAAGCCGCUCUGCUUCUCCAAGGGAGAAUGGAAAUGGAGAGCGGGCCAAGUCCACUUCUCGUUCGCCGUCCCCUAAAGAGAGCCGCCGUCAGUCUGAGUCGCCCGGCAAGCGUUCUGCGUCUCGCUCUCCUUCACGUUCUGCGUCUCGUUCCCGCUCUCGAUCUGCCUCUCAAGACUAGGGUCUCGCCGGUUGGUUUGCGCAGCAGGAAUGUCACGCACAGCUCAGUGUUAAUCGAUCUUUCACAGCCUAUGAACAUUCACCACAUGCUGGACGAGGCUGCAGGCCAGUGUAGUAUUGAUAACUCUGCUGUUUUCAACAUUGCAUGAAAACAAAAUUGCAUACCAGAGGCCCCCCCCCACCCCCCCAUACGUCAAAUUAGAAUUUGUUUUUCUUUUUGUCAUUAGUUGUGUAAGCAUCGCUCAGGUCGUUGUUUGUGUUCGACUCUCUUUGGUAUGGGGUGUCUUUAAAAGGCUCUUUAUUGUGAGGUUCAGGGAGGCUGUAACAAUACGUUAUAACUGAUAGAAUGUCUGCCUACUUCUGCAGCUGUCUUUUUGUGUAGUUGAGAUGGGAUAGUUGAGUGGAUGGCUAUGAAAAUGCUUCCGCGCUGUAUAGUCAGUCAUAACUGUCUCAUGCUGAUAUUUUUCCUGGAAGCUUUUUGUUUCUGUUUGUGCUUUGAAUCAUCCUGAAUUAUAUGUAUUUUUGUUUUUGUUUUACAAAAAGUUUAAUCCAUCACUUGCAGUGUGAUUUCUUGAGAUUGAUCUGAUUUUUAAAUUGGUUUUUGAACAUUUUCCAGUGUUUUAGUUAAAUAAACAUUUCAUUGGU